AUGAUUGUAUCAGGUAUUAUUGGAGAACAAGUCGUACCUAUUAUUGAAGAUUUACCUUAUCUUGAUUCAAUUUAUGUAUUUUGUUGCAAUAAAUCAAAACAUAAACUCUGGGUUUCUAAACAUCGAAAAAUAAAAGAUAUUGUUACUGAAAUUGAACCACUUUGCGAAUUUGAUUGUCCAACACGUGAUUUAAAUGCUUUAUAUCCAUCAUUUAUGUAUUCAAAAUUACUUAAAGAAAUCUUUGUGCAAAUCGAAGAUGAUAAUCAAGCUAAAACAGAACUUGUUGAAUUUUGUUGUAAUCAAUGUGAAGAUAAUCAACAUGAGUUAAUAAUAAUUGAUGAGUUUAAGAACACUUAUUCUCCUUCAUUAGCUCUUUGGUGA